AUGGCAUUCUCUAAUGCUUUGGUUUUGUGCUUCUUUUUAGCAUUCAACAUGGCACUUCCGUCCCUUGCAACUGUCUACACUGUGGGAGAUGCUUCAGGUUGGGUAAUCGGUGGUGAUUAUAGCACAUGGGCCAGUGACAAAACCUUCGCAGUUGGUGAUAGCCUCGUGUUCAACUAUGGAGCUGGUGCGCACACUGUGGAUGAAGUUAAAGAAAGUGACUAUAAAUCAUGCACAUCUGGAAACUCAAUUAGCACGGACAGUACUGGUGCCACAACUAUUCCUCUUAAGAAAGCAGGCAAACAUUACUUCAUAUGUGGUGUUCCUGGACAUUGUACCGGUGGCAUGAAACUUUCUAUUAAGGUUAAGGCCUCUUCUGGUUCUUCUGCCGCUCCUUCUGCAACACCAUCAUCAUCAUCAGGGAAAGGCUCACCUUCUUCCGAUGACACACCCGCCACAACUGCCACCACCACUACCCCUACUAAGCAAAAUGAAUCUUCAGCUACUAGUCUCUCACCAAUUGUUGCUUUGUUUUUUACUGUUUCAUGGAUCUUUAGUUAUAUUUUGGUAUGA